UAUUCUACCCCUUGUUAGCCAAGGUCCGUGUUCUUCUCGAACCGACUAUAUAUGCAUUCAUCGAGACUCAUUGUUUUGGCUAGCAGAGAACUCUAGAAGCAGCAGCAGGAAGAGAAAUAAAGGUAAAAGCUUUCAGAAUCAUCUCCGCAACGUUGUCGACCUGCAAAAAUGGAGACACCACCAAAAGAUGAAACACAAAACCCUCCUCCGAGACCAGCCAUGGCUUCAUGUAGGAGGAAGGUAAAGGAAGAUGCCACUUUCUUUGAGGACGUCAAAGAUCACAUCGAUGAGUUCAUCCAUGCCUCCAUGGAUGAACACAAGACCUGUUUCCAGAAGACCAUCAGCAAGAUGUUUGGAUUAUCCAAGGCUGUGGCUGAGAAGCAGGCCGAGGGAGGAGUCGAGAGUCAGUUGCCUCUUCAAACGACAGUGUCGGAUUAAAGAGUUUGGUUCCUUCUCAUCCCGUGAGCUUCGAAGAUACCACAUGUCCUUUCCUCUUGUUUAUCCAAGUCAUUUUGUAAAUCAACUUUAUCAACGUCUUUGACCUUUCUAUCUGACGGUGAAUAAUCUUUUGAGUUUGUGUUAAUUACUCUUAGUAGUUCCCAAAAUAUAUAACUUUGGAAAACA